UGAUAACGACCGUACAAGUCCUGAAGACCCCAGAGACAAUCGACUGUUUUAAUGCCGCGCCUUCGAAAGCGAAAGCUUCCGUCUCCGAGAGGCACAGCGCAGUUCUAUCGGGAAGCUGUGACCCCGCCGCAGGUCGGCUGACACCCCAGCCCUCACCGCACACGAGGGCUGGAGCUGUGCCGCUCGCACGCACAGCAAAACCGAAAGCGCGUCUGCGCUGUGCGGGCCGGCAGCCGAUUCCAGGAACCCGCCCUGGGGCAGACUUCCCUCCGCUCAGCUUCCGAAGAGGCCACUGCCAGCGUCCCUGCCCGGAUCCCGCCGACAAUGGAUCCCAGUCACCCGUCGGAGCUGCGGCUCGUCCUGCUGGGACAGACCGGAGUGGGGAAGAGUGCCACAGGGAACACCAUCCUGGGAGCAGAGGAGUUCCCGUCUCGCACCAGUGCCUCCGGCACGACGCGGCACUGCCAGAGCGGAUCGGUGAAGAUCAAGGGGAGGCGCAUCACUGUGGUGGACAUGCCUGGACUGCUGGACACUCGGCUCUCCCCGGAGGAGACUCUGUUCCUCAGGGACCGCUGCCUCUCCCUGAGUGACCCCGGCCCCCACGCGCUCCUCCUGGUGGUGAAGGUGGGGCCGUUCUCAGACAAGGACAGGAGGGCGGCAGACAGGGUCCGGGAGCUGUUUGGAGAGGAGGCUCUGAGGUUCACCGUGGUUCUGUUCACCCGGGGAGACGACCUGGAGCAGCAGAGCCUGGAGGAGUUUGUCCGGGGGAACAGAGACCUCCAGCUGCUGGUCCAGCAGUGCGGGGGCAGGUGUCACCUCUUCAACAACAAGAGCAGGAGUGACCGCGCCCAGGUCACAGAGCUGCUGAAUCUCAUAGACAGGAUGGCCACCGACAACAUGGGCUUCUUUGUCUUCUCCGAGAGCCAGAGAAGAGAUGCAGAAGUUGGCAAAAACCGAUCGAUGAUUGAAAAGCCAGUCGUUGAAGAACUGCCUACCUACAGUUAUAAUAAAGACGACCGCUGUUUGUCAGGCGCGGCCCAGGGGAAGCGAGACGAGCGCCUGCGGAUCGUGCUGGUGGGGAAGACCGGGGCUGGGAAGAGUGCCACAGGGAACACCCUCCUGGGCAGGGCGGAGUUCGAAUCCGACGCCAGCCCGGCCUCGGUCACGUGGACCUGCCGGAAGGGGACGGGAGAGGUGGCGGGGAGGCCGAUAGCGGUGGUGGACACCCCGGGGCUGUUCGACACGCAGCUGUCCGGCGAGGAGAUCCAGAGGGAGAUCGCCAGCUGCGUCUCCCUGUCGGCGCCGGGGCCCCACGCGUUCCUCGUGGUGAUCCAGGUGGGGCGCUUCACCCAGGAGGAGCGGGAGACGCUGGAGGUGAUCAAGGGCAUCUUCGGCGAGGAGGCCGGGCGGUACACCAUCUGCACGUUCACCCGAGGGGACGACCUGGGCGGCAAGGCCAUCGCGGAGUACGUCCGCGCGGCGGACCCCGGCCUCCGCGACUUCAUCCGGGGCUGCGGAGGAAGGUACCACGUCUUCGACAACCGGACCGGCGGCCGCGCCCAGGCCCGGGAGCUCCUGGGGAAGGUCGACCAGAUGGUGGCGGCCAACGGCGGCGGCUGCUACACCAGCGAGAUGUUCCGGCGGGCGGAGGCGGCCAUCCGGCGGGAGCAGGAGCGGAAGCUGAGGGAGCAGGAGGAGGAGAUGGGCCGGGAGAGGGAGGAGAUGCGGGCCCGGUACGAGGAGACCCGGCGGAGGCUGGAGGAGGAGCGCCUCCUGGGGCGCGGGCGGAUCCGGGAGCUGGAGGGCGACCGGGAGAGGAGGGAGCAGGAGAGGCGGCAGCUGGAGGAGAGCCUGCAGGCGCUGCGGAGACAGAUGGAGGAGAUCCACAGGAAAUACGAGGACGAGGCCCGGAGACGGGCCGAGGAGUUCAACGCCUUCAAGGACGAAUACGGGAAGGAGGCGAACAGAGCUGGAGGAGGAGGAGGAGGAGGAGAGAGAACCGCCGAGGCCGGGCAAAGGGCGGAGCAGAAAUCGAUCAAAACAGAUGUGAGAUUUACAAUGGUAAGCCUGUGCGUUAUACAGUAAAGCACAACGCCCGCUCCAGUCACAGGUCGGCCAAGCGCUAAGCUCCGAACAUCUGAGGCAGAUUGAAGUUCUUCAGCCCCACAGCACGUUACAACGGGUAAUUCUCUACACACGGGCACUUGUAAAAGACACGAACCGCUCUGAACAGAUCGAUAUCACCCCACCUGUGUGGUUCAGGACAACCUGCACCAUCUCGAACAAGUACAACUAUACAAAACAUCAUCGACGGCCCAGGCAGUUCUGGUCCAUUAAGUGUAUUUUAGCGCCUUAAGUGUGUAGGUCUGCAUUAUAAGCGUGCGGAUGUUACUGUAGUCACUUGUUAAAUUAAAAUAUACAUAUAUAAGGUUUGAAUUCACAGUUGUAUCGCUAUAGCAAUGCAGUAAACGUGCAUUUUGAAAAGACACAGAAUAGUACACGAUUUAGGUAGAAAGUUACACAGGGACGUGUUUAAACACCGUUAUAAAAAAAAAACCCAUCGUCCUCCAUCGUACACUGGAGACCCACUGGACCACAUUUAAAGUUUUUUUUUAAGAAUAAAACAUCGACUACAGAGCCAAAACACGGAACCGGAACCGAUACACCACUCGGGUAACACAUAUCCCGAACCCAGCCGGUCGGUUCUGGACUGAGGGACUCAUAGGACCCUUCCCUUCGUUGUUACAAAAAAAACUAAAAUUUCACAGACUCGUUCGUUUAUUUUUGGUUUUUAUUCGCUCAUUUUUAAUUUUUGAAGCGUACCCAGCGGGCCUCGCGCCGUUCCCUCAAGGAGGGGGGAAAUUGGCGCGAACUGGGGGAGUUUUGUCACUUUUUAAACCAUAAAAAUACAAAAAAAUCACUAAUACAGACAUGGGAUACUGUAUAUAAAACAGCAACUUGCUGAAAACAGAAAGUCGCCUCUGCUUUUGACCUCACUGAUCGGCUCAAUCUCUCCAGACUCUCACAGAAAAGUCAUCAUACAAUCGCCUCAAAGCGCCAGUUUAUCCCGUCCCAAUCCAAACCCUCUUCGCAAGCUAAAGAAAAAGCCAGAAGGGACUUACUGGACCCCUCCUUCUCGUGUGCGUCGGCCGCUCGCUUUUUCGCUCUUUUCGUGGAUUUCUGGCGCCAUUCCCGCCGCCGGCCGCAGGGGCGCAGUUCCACCGGCGGCCACGGGGGGGCGCGCCGCGGCCAUCACUGGCGCAGCCCGCUGGGCGCACCCUGCCAGCACACGGGCAGAAACUGCUCCUCCCUUCAUCCUCCUCUUCUUACACUUCCGUUUCUUUCACGGAAAGGCUUACUUAGGGAUACUUAAGCCUGCAUCGCUCGUUGUGGCUUCGACCAUGAUACUUGCUCGUUAGGAUGCGCAUUAAAAGAAGCGGUCUGUAAAACAGACCCAAGGGCGCGUCACCCAAUGCAGGACUGUGAGAGCUGUGCGGAACCUCACCCCCAUUUAACUUUUUUGUCAUGUGUAACUGUCCUGUACCCCUGAUCGUGUUAUACGGACUCUUGUGUGUAUUUGUUAUCUGUUAUCGUUUCAAUAAAAAAAA